AUGCUUGAACGUGCCGGCAUUGUGGAUUGCAGCAGCGACUGCAUACACUUGUUUCUGUGUUCUUCGUGUUGCAUGUCAUUGUUGAAACCUGACAAGGUCCCUUGGUUUGCAUUGGCUAACAACCUCUAUCGAGGGCAACUUCCUCUGCAUUUACAGGAUAUAUCUUGGGUUGAGGAGAAGGUGUGUGCGAUCUAUCGUGUCACAGCUCAUGUGACUCGCUUGUUUCAGUCCUCUGAUCCUGCGCAGCCUAAGGUCUUCCAUGGAAACACUUGUGCGCAUGACAUGAACAUUGUAUCUACAGCUUCGGUCCUUCUGCGCAUGCCAUCUGAUGUCAAUGGCCUCCUCAGCAUUGUCUUCAUUGGACCAGGUAAAUUUGAUGCCAAAUGGCUUGGCACGGUCUUUCGUGUGUGUAUACAUAAGAUCUGGUCUUUUCUUCUGUGGCUCAAGCAUCACAACCGUCUGUAUGCAGCAAUCCCUCUGGACUCGGCUAUAAUUUCCAUGUACCCUGAUGAUGACAUUCUGCCAGGGCUAUCAGAUAUACCUCCCGACAACCCGACACAUACAACUUCGAACCUUUGGGUAUAAAGUACCCGUCGUAAAUGUCAUCACUUCAUGUAGACCGUGAAAUGGAAAUUUGUGUGAUGUUCUGUGAUUGCACGUUGUUCGUGUGUGGAUAUUGUUUGCAUGCAUUCAUUUGCAAGUGAUUGCA